AUGGCGACUCGCAAAACCUCAUUAUAUUUAUUCGACGUGGACGGUACGCUGACGAAGCCGCGGCAAAUUAUCACAGAGCCACUGAAGAAGUUUUUGCUGGAUGAAGUGAAGCCGCGCGCAUCCGUGGGUCUCGUUAGUGGUUCAGACUACGCAAAAAUUGUGGAGCAGAUGGGCGGCGAGAGUGUGGCAUCGCAGUUCGAUUACGUGUUCUGUGAGAAUGGCGUGGUGCAAUACCGCGCGGGUGAGCUGCGCAGCUCCGAGAGCAUCCUCAGCUGCCUGGGGGAGCAGAUGUUACAAAAAGUCAUCAAUUUUGCUCUCAGAUACAUGUCUAUGUUGGAGCUCCCAGCCAAGAGAGGCAACUUUGUGGAGUUUCGAUCCAGCAUGAUCAACCUCUGCCCGGUGGGCCGCUCCUGCAAUCAGGCUGAGAGGGAACAAUUCUCAGUUUUUGACAAAGAACAUAAGAUAAGGGAACAAUUUGUUGCUGCUCUUGUAAGUGAAUUUAAAGAUACACCAUUAACAUUUGCCCUGGGUGGGCAGAUUAGCGUGGAUGUGUUCCCCACAGGGUGGGACAAGACAUAUUGUCUCAGACAUGUUGUAGAUGAGAAUUUUGAGGAGAUUCACUUUUUUGGUGAUAAAACAGAAGCCGGAGGCAAUGACCAUGAGAUUUACAAUGAUCCUCGAACUAUUGGACACAGAGUGACUUCCCCUGAUGACACUAAACAACAGCUGAAGGAAUGCCUCAAACUCAGCUAAUACUGACUGUAAGAGGCUGCUGUGAUAAGGCUUGUUAUUUGUGUACAUAGUAAGGAGAAUGAUGAAAUUAAUUUGUAAUAUGUGAAAGAACUGACUUGUAAGGAAAUAAAAAGUUACAUGUUAUACAGAUGUUUUUAUGUUAACGCUUACAUACCAGUGCAAAUUUAAAAAUGUUUUACACAAAGAAGAUGAUGGAAGGAGAAAGAUUUUAUUUUAACUUGAAACUUAAUACUUAACUUUAACAUUCUGAAAAGGUAUCAAAAAUAUACAUCUAAAACUUAUUCAAAUAGUAACAAAUAUGAACACUUAUUAAGAACCAGAAUCAUCAUGUAUCACAGAUCAGUGUCCUUGAUAUUUGGGUUUUCGUUUCUCUAAAAAAGAGAUCAUUCCCUCUUGCCUGUCCUUGGUUGGGAUAUUGAUCUCGUAGUACUUCUGCUCCACAUCAUAGCCCUGCUUAAUGUCCAGCUGCAGACCCUCGUUGACAGCCUGCUUGGCACACCUCAGUGCUAUUGGUGCAUUCUGGAUGAUCUCCCGAGCCAGACUCAAAGACUUUUCAAAAGCUGCAUUCUUCUCACUAUUUUGCGGCACACUGUAAUUAACCAAUCCUGGAACAUAUACGAGUAUUAAAAGCAUUUAUUAAGCAGUUAUAAAGAUUUUCAGCCACUCAGUUUACUAUCAGUUUAUCCACUAAGUUUAUUAUGUGAUAAACACCUACCUAAUGAAAAUGCUGUAUCACCAUCAAUGAUUCGAGAAGUGAAUAUCAAUUCCUUAGCAACAUUUACAUGUAUGGCUCGGGGUAGCCUUUGAGUACCACCAGCACCCGGUAUGAGACCUCUACCAGUCUCCACAAGCCCUAGCUUGGCUGUGUGAGCUGCUACACGGAGGUCACAAGCCAAGGCCAGCUCCAGGCCUCCACCAACAGCUGCACCUUCAACUGCUGCUAUAGUUGGCAUGGGCAGGUCUUCCACUUCUAUAAAUGUUCCACGCAGACCUCUCACAAAAGUUGCAACUUCAGCAUCAGACAUUUGGAAGCGCUCCUUUAAGUUG